AAGCAGUGGAACCGCAUAUCGUUCGUUCGAAUAGUAUUGAAGCACUUUCUUCCAACCUGACUAAAAAUCGUUUGCAACUGUUUGCUACCUUGGUAGAAAAAAAACCCGUUAAUUUAACUGAGUUGGCUCACUUAUUACAAAAAGAUUAUGCCCUAGUGCGACGGGAUGCUCGUAUCUUGGAAGGCAUGGGGCUGAUUAAAUUAGAAAAAGUAGCCAACCAAGCCCAAAAUGGUCAUGGUAGCGGUAUAAGGUUUAAUGAAGUUAGGCCAAUUGCUCUAUAUAAGCGGAUUGUGUUUGAUUUUCCCAUUCAAGAGGAGGCGAGAAUAGAAAACGGGUAUAUUGAAGAAACCGAAAGAUUGGAAAGACAAAGCCAAGAAUACUUAAAAGAGAUUGAACUUGCUAAAUUCCAUGAAGAACGAGGCAAAAUAAACUGUGAAUGCUACUCUUGCGAAGAACAAAAAAUAAUCAGAAGUGAAGUAAUUAACGAACAAAAGAAAAUUAUCACUGAUUAUGAAGCCGAACAAAAGAAAGAAAUGGCGGUGGAAUGA